UGGGUAUCGACGUGGCUAUGCCGUCGUUUGUUUGCGGCUUGGUCAAUUGCGGUAGCAAGACGAUGGAGGACGGUUCAGCCGGCAGACGCAAGGAUGAUCGUGACCGAGAGGAAGAGCAGGUGGGUGAUUUACGAAUAGAUGAUGAUGGGGCUUCUGAAUCCGACUUCAGGGCGGCAACGAGAGAGGUAAUCAAUCAAGCGACGAAGGUCCGGCCUCCUCCUGAACCACUGCCACGAACUGCACGAGGUGCUACAUACUGUGCUAGGGUUCAAGAUUUUUACUUUGCUUAUUUAGUUUUUCUCAUGUUUUGUCCUCCUCCGAUGAGACUUUAUUAUUUUGUCAUUUGGUUUCUCAUUACUGUCUAUGUUGUUAGGUGUGUCAGUCUGUUUGGGAUUUUAGCCUUUGUUCAGGUCAUUGGGUAUGUUUGGAUCUUUGGAGACAGGAAUGAUUGUGCCAAGCCCGUUACAUGGUUAGCGAUUCAUGUUGCUCUUUUCAGGGGUGACCGUCUCUGAGUCUCACCAUAGAGUUUACGGUCGUAGUUGUUAGUGUCUGGUUGGUGUCAGAUUUGUUUUUCAUUUCAUUAAUGUAAUGAUUCUGAAACUUAUGAUAUGAAUAAAGGCUAGUUUUCGUUCAAAA